AUGGGAGCUGCAGGCAGAACUUCACAAGGUCUGUCUGGAUCUAGAUCAAUCACCCUGAUCCCACUCCCUCGGCCGCCAAUGGUUCUAACUUUUGCUGCAGCUGGCCCUUUGGCUACUGCUGCACCAUUUCCUCUUCCCCUUCCUACACCAACCCGUCUACCUGUCCUAUUACUAGCUGGCAAAGCAAAGUUCUCGGCUUGUUCAAUGGGCUGUGGCUGUGGUGCAUCAUCUACCCUUUUGGAUUUCACACGACCUUGCCGGGUUCCACUGCGAAGCUCCGGCAUUAUCUCCCCAUGCAAGUUACGGCCAGACCGGGUAUUGAGUUUCCCUGUUGGUACCUGCACAAUGCUGAGAGUGCAAAGGACGAAGACAGUGAGCCCAUCAAGAAAAUAUGGAGGAAUGUGGACUAAAAAAGGAUACCCAGAAGAUCCCAGAGAGAAGGAAAACAAAAAGAAGAAGGAUCUCAGUAAACAAAGAAAUGAUGAGGCCAAAUUCUAAAGUAGCCAUAAGCUUCAAGACUGGAAAUCUAAUUCUAACAGGCUAAGGAACAAGAACAAGGCGGACACAGCUUACACAUCCAACCGGGAGAGGAGAAAGCGAUAAGAAGAUCAAGAUGUAUAGAGGCAGAUGAGAUAAAUUUCGUUUCUUUGUAGAGCCACAUAAAAAUUACCAAAUUAAGGCAAAAAUUCAGAUCGUCAAAAUGGAAACAGCAUUAUUUUAGGAAAAAAAUUCCAUUCCUUUUUUGGAAAUGGAAGAGAACUGCUUCUUUUCUGAACCCCCUCCUCUCCCAUGUCAGACGCUACUGUUUAGUAAGAAAUUACACCCUUUUGCAGGAAAAGCAGUUGUCUCCCCAGAACUGAGGAUCCUCACUGGCAAAGAAACAAGGGGGUAAUCCACCUAACUUCACAAAUGAUUUUCCGAGAAGAAAUCAAAGACAUUUGAGAAGAAUUAUAUUGUCAUCAGUAGAACACCUCAUCUAAAUAGUUCGUCAAAUGAGGCGUCCAGGGAACCAGAACGUUCAGACUGAACCCCCUCCUCUCGUCCCUGGUUCGAAUCGAUCCAAUCGUAAUGGUGGAGAGAUGCUUGAGAAGAAAGGCUGUAACUUUCAUUAACACAAUCGGGAUCAUCUGAACCGACGCAACCGAUCAUCCGAAUCCAAUCCAAAACCCGACACAACACCGGAAGCACGUUUCCAACAGAAAAAACAGAACCGAUCGUCCAAGAAACGAAUCAGAAUCUCAUCGGCACGAGGAUGGAAGGGAGCAGAACCUGAAACAGCGACGAUCGGUGCCCGAUGGUGCCACCGGAUCGGUUUCAACACAAUCGACGGAGUCACCGACUCCUCGGCCGCCCCCGAUCCGGAUCCUCAGAGGAGGCGUCGGGAGGUUGGGGGCUCCCCGAGCGCUCUACGAAAAUUCGCCCCCUUCCGUUCUCCGCCUCUGCACGCCUCGCCGGCGAAGGCACCGCCCCUCCAGCGGACAGAAUCCCGCCGGCGACCUGCGAUCGGCGUGGGACGGAGCUUCCUCAGGCGAAAACAACGGAAUAGCAAAGAAGACCACCGAUGGCGACGAAAACGACCUGGCGGCGGCACUCUCCACUCCCUCUGCACUUCUCUCCCUCUCUAACUGCGACCGCCCCUUCCCCUUCGUCCUUCUUAUCCCUCCUCCCUCUCGCUGAUGCUCUCCACGACUUCUCCCUCCCCUCUGCGCGUUCAUCUAUUACAUAUCCAUCCAUCUACUUCCCGAGCUGUCCGAAAUCUGUAGUACUUCCUCCUGGGGGGCUAGCCGAUGCAUGCAGAACCUACGUGGCCAUUCUCUGCCUCCGUGGCACCCAACAGCUGGCACCCCACCCCAGUUCUCGGGCCGGGCCCAUAAAAAGCCCGAACAGUGGUAAUCAGAAGAGGGAGAGAGAGGGAGAGAGAGGGAGAGAGAGGGAGAGAGAGGGAGAGAGAGGGAGAGAGAGGGAGAGAGAAGGACAGAGAGGGAGAAAGAGGGAGAGAGAAGGACAGAGAGGGAGAAAGAGAGUUGGGCUUUUCGGGCCGAACCUAGAAAAGCCCCAGAGUGAACUUAGAAGAGUAUUAAUGUCGGGCCGGGCCCGCCGCGUCUCGCAUUGUAUAGCUGGUUGAAAUGCCCAGCGCGCUAACCACCCCUGCCUCCAUCUAAAUGGGAAGAUCUUGCGAUUUCAACGAAUUUUCUACAGAAUGGGCCCUCGCGAUUCUCCGGCCGAGCCUUAGAAAAGCCCGAAAAAAUGUCUAUAUUUUGGUUAUCCCCAGGCCAUGAGAAGAGAGAGGGAGAGAGAGCGGUGGCCUUUUUGGACCGAGCCCUAGAAAAGGCAAAAAUGAACCUAGAAUAGGAAUAAUGUCGGACCGGGCCUGCCUGCUUCUUUCAUCUUAUAGCCUGAUUAACCCGAAGAACAAAAAGCCCACCAGCAACGCGCCACCCACAACCCCCCAAUUCUCGGACCUGGCCCGUAGAAAAGUCCGAAAAGUGGCAAUGAGAAUAGAGAGAGAGAGAGGGGUGGUCUUUUCGGGCCGAGAAAACCCCAAAUUAGCCUUAUUUACCGGGGAAAAAAGCCCAUGUCCGCUAACCCCCUGCGCCAAAGUAAAUGAGAAGACCUUGCCAUUUUAACGAGUAGUGGGCCCCAUAAAACCUUGGGCGGAGCGCGUGGAAAAGCCCGAAAGUUAGCUCUAUUUUUCUUACAUCAGUGCAAUGAGAAAGAGAGAGAGUAUGCGGUAGGCUUUUCCGGGCCGAGCCCUAGUAAAGUCCAAAGUGAAUCUAAAAUAGGAACGAUGUCGGGCCGGGCCCUUGUCUUUCAUUGUAUAGCCUGAUUCACGGGGGAAAAGCCCAUCCCGAUAACCUACCCUGCGCCUGACUUAAUGAGAAGACCUUGCCAUUUCAACGAUAUUUGUCUCCAGAGUGGACCCCAUAAUUCUCUGCCAUUAGAAGAAAAGGAGAGAGAGAGAGAGAGAGAGAGAGAGAGAGGUGGGCUUCUUUCCGGCCGAGCUCUAUAAAAGCACACUGUGAACCUAGAAUAAGAAUGACGUUGGGCCGGGCCUGCAUCUUUUAUUUUAUAGCCUGAUUUACCGGGGAAAAAGCCCGGCUCGAUAACCUUCCCCUGCCAUUGCAAUAAAUUUUUCUAUAGCCUGCCACCCCAAGGCAAGUGGACUUCUAAUUUCCCCUUCAUCUGAGGGUUGACCCAUUCAAGAGUCAACGCCGAGGGAGUGGCAUAACUUCCUUUCCCUUUAAUAGAAAUGCACGCUUACCAGGUUGCAAGAUUGUUGGUUACUUGUGCCCAUUAACCUCGAUCCCGUUUAACAAUAAAAUAUAUAUGCAUGGUGUUAAUGUAAUAAUGUUAUAAGUCUAACUAACGAGGGUCUCAUGAGCCAUCCAUUUAGAGUAAAAAAUUAUUAAUUACGCUUAAACAUAGGGUUAUGGUCACUUUUACAAAAUUAAUGAUAAUUUUCAAUGUUUUUGUAACGAGGAUCCUGUUUUUGUUCAAUUUGUGUAUAUGCCUUUUAGCAGUUGAUUAUUGACGCUUUAUGGAUAUCUUUAGCAAUUGUAAAUGUACCACAAAAUGUUGCAAUAGUCUUCCACGGGUACCUACGAACGUAAUUUUUUUUUAUGUGCUGGAAAAUAGUAAGGAAUAUAUUUUUCUAGAUUUUGAUUAAAGUUGAUUCAUCAUGGAUUCAAUAUUUUGAGUUGGGGCCUACCAAAUAAUAAUAAUUAUUAUUAACUUCAAUUGAUUAGUGUCUACUAAUUUGGGAAUCUGGGGUUAUCUAAACAAUAAUAUUAUUAUGCAUAAUACUGUAUUAUUUUCACUUUUAUUCAAUUUUUUUUAAGGAUGAUUUUUUAUGAAUUCACAACUUGCAUAAUCCAUAUAGAAAAUAAGAAUAAAUAAAUAAACACUACAUAUUUCCUAAAAAGAGUGAGAUAGUGAGAGGUAGAGAGAGAUGGAUAGAUAGAUAGAUAGAUAGAUAGAUAGAUAGAUAGAGAUAGAGAGAGAGAGAGAGAUGGAUGAAGUACUUAUCAUCAUCAUCAUCCUGAGGUCUCCACGUGGACGAAGAGGAAAACUGGGGGAUAUAUUAAAUGGUGAGCGAGUACAAUGUUAGAUUUUUUUUUCGCAAAUGGAACGCCUAAUAAACCAACAAGUACGAAAAACUCCUAGAAAGAUGGAAAUAUGCGAUCGACAUUAGAGACAUCUCGGGGCCUCAGUUCGAAGCCACGAAUACCGUACACAAGGGCACAUCUACUAUUUAGGAAUUUAAAAGACAAUAAAAUAUCCAUAUAUCGUCUUCAGCGAGUGGAAGGGAGAGAGAGUACGAUGGCACCAAUAUCGUUAGCCCUCAAGGGCUCUCUCUCUCUCUCUAGAUCCCAUUCAGUAAAUGCGGAGAGAUGCUAGAAUAAGAGGAGAUAGAAUGCCUCGGUGCUUAGAUUUUUCAUCCGCCCCAGAGAAACUUUAUUUGCUGGCAUACUUUUACGGCCAAACAAGCUUUUAAUUUAAAUAUAUAUAUAUUUUGGGAAAAUAUAUUAUAAGAAAAUGUAAAAAAAUGUACCUAUAAAUUUAAUAUUUAUAAAUUAAAAUAAUAACUCACCCAAGGUUGAUUAUGGAGAGAGCCGUUCGCAAAAAUGUGAACAAAUUCGAUUCUACGGCUAUUUCAGGUGCACUAAAUAUGUGCUAAGAUAUAACAAAGAAAAAAAUAAUUAGGAAAAUAAAAUAAAUGUGUAAACAAUAUUUUGAAACUAUUAGGGUAUAUUCGUAAGUAUCCGAAAUAAUAAUGAAUAAUUUAUAUAUUUUUUUUACCGGGAAAGAAAAAGCGUGAGACGAGAUGGUAUUUGAAUCUUCUCUCUCUCUCUCUCUACCCCUCUUUCUCUCUCUACCUCAGCUCGGCGCAUUGGACGCCCCCGCCUUUUUAGGGUUUUUCUCUCUCUUGGGUUUUGCUGCGCAGCCAGCCCCAGCAUUUGCCUUCCCCAGCAGGCAUUGUCCCUGGCCGGAUCUGUAUCUUGGAGCAGGAUUAGGGUGCAAACUGCGUCGUAUACCACAGACGGGUGGCCUUCCCUCCCUCAGGAAGCGCCGGCGAGGCAGCGUAGUCUUCUCGGUCUUCCGGAGAUCUGCUUAUCGCGAGAAACAUGGCGACGUUCACUCCUGCAGCUGACCGUACGGAUCAAUCGCCUCCUCUCUCUCUCUCCCCCGUUCUGAGUUUCUCUUAUCUAUGAUGCUUGUUCUUGCUUCGAGAUCGUACGGGUUUCUCGGCGUCAUCGUGGAAUCUGUUUAGGCUGGAUGUGCGAAGGGUUUCCUCUUUCUUUUCUAUUCGCCUUCGUUUUCAUGCGGAGGUUUUUCGUUGAAGUUUAGGCCGAUAUAUGUGUGAUCGCCGAACUAGGGUCGUCUUUCUCAAGUUGUGUGAGGGUUUCGGAGGUGUAGGUCGUAUCACUUCUCUUUUUCCUUGGUUGAUUGUUCGGUUUACUCCCUAUAAUUGACUUGUCCUAUUUGGGGUGUGACCUUGACUAUGUUGCAAUCGAUCCUAUUCUUGGAAUUUCUCGGUUUUAUUAUUUUCGAUCCUUGACGUGGAGCUCGUAGAUGCUUGUCUUCUAUCAUCCUGUGGAAAUACAUGAUCGUAUAUGUGUUUCAGGUUUAUCGCUUGUUUUAUUUUGCUUUGAAUGAUUUGGGGGCUCAUCUGUUGAUUUGGUCUCCUUAUGUAGUGGGAUUCUCUGCUGGAGAGGUUGGGAACUAAUUUUUUUUCCUGUUACAGAAACCGCGGAUUUGGUGCAGAAGUUGUCUUUGGAUACUCAGACGAAGACCCAUAACGUCCAAGAGAUUACCAAGAAGGUAACUUCUGCAUUGUGAUUGAGGUGCACUCUUACUAUGGUCGUUUUGUCGAUAAGUCUUCCUUCUUACAUUGUCUGCCCUUCAUAUGUCAGCAGUCCAAUGGAUCAGUAGAACGUAGCAAUCUGGCAAAUGGGAAUGCACCAUCAAGUGAGCGAUCAACGACACCCAUUUUGCAGGACUUCGUUGAUCCAAGCAUGUACUAUCUUUCCAGUGGAUAUGCAUCACAACCCUAUUAUUUUGGAAGUAUGUCUAUGCUUUUAUUUUUAAAGAUACGUUUUGGUAUUAAUGUUAAUGCGUUUAUUUGAAUUACAUGGCAUUUUGGACACCGAAAGAUGAUUUUUGUAUAUUAUUACGUGAGAAACAAGUCAUGUCAAUCACUGGAUUUUUUGUUUUUAAGUGCUCAAUUGUAUAUCAGUGCUUGAACUCUUCUGACUAUUAUCCUUUCCUGUUAUGUUUUCAGCAUACAAUAACAAGUGGGACGAUUACUCGAGAUAUGUAAAUCCUGAUGAGGUACCUGUAAUCCCUUUUUUUGUCCCACCCAUAUAACUGUUUCCAAGGCAUUAUGUGUUUAUAAAUAGAUGCACAUAUUCAUUUAAUUAUGAAUAUUCCUUUUUCAUUUAAUCAUAUUAUAUUUUCUUUAGUAACUGGUUCUUCGAAUGCCCAGUUGCUAAAGUUAUUCCUUAUAUAUUAUAGUCUGAAAUAGCUUUAUUAUCGUGAAUAUUCCCUAGGUAUUAUGUCAUUCGAAAUAAAUUUUUUUUGGUAACGAGUUUUCUGUUGUUGAGCGUUUUUCGGUUUAUUUCAUGUGUUUUAUUAGUUCGGAGAUCUGAUUUAGUAACUUGUUGACCACCUGCAGGGUGUUUAUGGAGAUUUCUACCCUGGUUAUGGAUAUGCGCCCUAUGGUGCGUAUGCUCCUCCCGGUUCUCCAGUUCCGACCGCGGGACCUGAUGGUCAAUUGUAUGGUCCUCAACAGUAUCAGUACCCAGGCCUUUACUACAUGCCGUCAACCCCCAGCAGUUCAACAUUGACUUCUACUAGUCAACCACCUACAUCUCGAGCAGAAGUUUCGGGAUCUGCUGCGAGUGAAGAACCAACUGUUUCUGUUGAUGCCACAAAGAUGACCACAAAAGGAACUUCUAAUGGAUCUGCAAACGGUGACGUUGGAAGUGUACCACUGAAGCAUAACCAUCAGAAGCCAUUGGCGUCAAAUGGUUCACGUGGGAAUAGUGCUUUGCCAGGUGGCAUCCCUUCUGGUUACCCCCCUGACCCUAGAUACGCGUAUGAUGGAAUGCGGUCGCCUGUUCCAUGGCUCGAUGGUCCUGCUUUCCUCGAUGGACAGCACAGACAAGCUGCAACAAGCACUCUCUCUUCAAUGGUAAUCUAUCAUGACAUCAAUUCAUGGCCCAUUAGACUCCCUUGUCAAUCUCUUACUCUCUCUUUUGGGACCAUGUUUUUUCAAGUGAUUUCUACCUGCUUUACUGCCUGUAAUCACCAACUUUUCUUAUAUGUGAUGCCAGGGUCUGAACACUCAGAGGUCAGCUUCUGGAAUGGGGCCGGGCUCCCAUGGACUCAUGAGCAGGAUGUACCCAAACAGCAGGAUGUACGGCCAGUAUGGGAGUGCCUACAGGGCGGCUGGAUUUUCAUCGAGUGGUUAUGAUUCCAGAGCCAGCGGGCACGGUUGGUAUACUGUUGACCCUAAGUACAAGCCCAGGGGAAGAGGCGGAUUCUUCUCCCAUGGCAACGAGAACAACGAGUUAGGUGAGCUGAACAGAGGUCCACGGUCUGGCCACUUCAAGGUCCAAAAGGGGCUGGGGCCCAAUCCUGCCGUCUCAGUGAAGGGGCAGAGUGUCCUGUCCAGUGACGGCAAUGAAGGUUCCACGUUAGUUCCAGAGAAGGAGCUGUACAACAAAGCUGACUUCCCAGAUAACUACUCUGAUGCAAAAUUUUUUGUCAUCAAGUCAUACAGCGAGGACGAUGUUCACAAGAGCAUCAAGUAUGGUGUCUGGGCCAGCACGGUCAACGGGAACAAGAAGCUCCACUCUGCCUAUCAAGAGUCAAAGGAAAGAUUGGGCGGCUGCCCCGUCUUCUUGUUUUUCUCAGUAAGUCGUCCCGAAAUCUUGCACGGGCUCGUUCUGUCUUUCAAGGCUUCUACUUUAAUAUUUCCUUUUCGGGAAUCAUUGCUGAAUCUCACAGGUAAACACGAGCGGUCAGUUCGUCGGCGUUGCAGAGAUGGUGGGCCCUGUUGACUUCAACAAGACUGUGGACUACUGGCAGCAGGACAGGUGGAAUGGCUGCUUUCCUGUCAUGUGGCAUAUCGUGAAGGACGUCCCCAAUAGCAUGCUUAAACACAUAAUAUUAGAGAACAAUGACAAUAAGCCGGUGACCAACAGCAGAGACACUCAGGAGGUGAGCAGAACCUAUUUUCUGCGAGCAGAGGCUUCCCCCCCGUUGAAUCGUUCGUUCUCCUCUGUGAUUAACCUGUAAUUUUCUGUUUUAAUUUUCUUGGGUAGGUCAAACUCGAGCAGGGCCUUCAGAUGCUCAAGCUGUUCAAAGAGCAUGUCAGUAAGACAUCGAUUCUGGAUGACUUUUUGUUUUAUGAAGUGCGGCAGAAAACUAUGCAGGAGAAGAGGGCCAAGCAACAGCAGUUUCUUAAACAGGCAAGCUUCCCAUCUAUGGGUUUAUGAGGAUAAUUACCCUAUUUAAAUGGUUUCUCACUCUAGAGCCGCUUGACUCUGGCCACAGGUUAGUGCGAGAAAUUCAGGAGAUGGCCCUGUGGUUGAAGAGAAAGGCAAGGAGGGCACGGCCGAGAAGGCUAUAAUAUCACAGAACCCAGUGGAAUCGGCUGCGUUUUUGAGCAAGGAGACGAUCGAUGCUGCCCUGGGAGAAUCCAAACUGGGGGAGGAGACUUGUAUGGCUGCAGCACUGGUCAACCCCACGCUGGUCAACGACGCCCAAAAGGUUGCUAUAUUGGCAGCUGAGAGAAAGGGUGUGGCAAAUGGGAUCGCCAACAGCUGCUAA